CUCACUUUCUUGUCUCAUUCAGUUAUAAUUUUUUCAGCUUUAUAUUCCCCCAUAAUUGCUCAUUCAUUAUUUUUCUUGAAAUUAAACACCACUCCAUAUAGUGAAAAAGCUCCAUAUUUUUCUUUCUAGCCUAGUAGAUUGAUGGGAACUUGAGAUUCAAUUCCUCACAAAAACAAGAAAAAAGAUGAAGCCCAGUUUCUUGGUUUGUUCCCUGUUCCUGCUUCUGCUAAUCCCAGUUUCUUCUGCACAAUUGUUAUCCUCAGAGAAGAGGAUCCUAUUCCAGGUUCAGCAGCUUCUUGAAUACCCCCAAGCUCUUCAAGGCUGGAAUAACUGGACAAAUUUCUGCUUUCUCCCACAAACCCCUUCUCUAGUGAUCACCUGUUCUGGGAAUCACAUCACAGAACUUACAAUUCUUGGAAACAAAGCCUCCCAUCUUUCCCAGAAUUUCUCUCUUGAUUCAUUCUUCACUCUUCUCACCAAGCUUUCCAGCUUGAAGAGAUUGUCAUUGGUGAAUCUCGGGUUAUGGGGUUCUUUGCCGGCUAAGAUCACCAGGUUUGGCGGGCUCGAGGCGUUAAACCUCAGCUCGAACCAAAUCCGUGGCGGCAUUCCCCAAUCCAUAGCCAAGUUCAAGAACCUGAAAAGCCUGGUUUUGAGUCAUAACUUGUUGAAUGGGAGUAUCCCGGAUCUGAAGGGGGUAUCGGGGCUCGAAGAGGUUGAUUUGAGUGGCAACAACUUAGGACCAAGUUUCCCCUCCUUGGGAAACAACAUUGUUAAACUUGUCCUAGCCAACAAUUCCCUGAGAUCCCAGGUUCCACAGGAGCUGAGAAAGCUGAAUCUUUUGACAACAUUGGAUCUCUCUUCCAAUAAACUUGUGGGUCCAAUCCCUUCCUUCUCGUUUUCAUUGCCAUCCUUGGAGUACAUCAAUCUUGCUAGGAAUCAGUUGAGUGGAGCACUUCCAGCUAGUGUUUCUUGCAGUAAAGGCCUGAGCUUUGUGGACAUUUCCAACAACCUUUUAAUGGGGAAGUUGCCAGUUUGCCUAGGAUCGAACUCGAGGAAUCGGACGGUUAUUAGUGUUUGGAAUUGUCUGGCUAAUACAGGCUCAAAGUACCAGCACCAGCAUUCAUUCUGUGCAAAGCAGGCAAUAGCUGUGAAUCCAAAUCCAAGAACUAAGAGCAAGAAGGAAGAGUCUAAUACCAUCAAGCUUGGGAUAGUUCUUGGUGUGAUUGGGGGCAUUGUGGCAGUUGUUGGUGGCAUUGGGUUGUUGGUUUUAGUAAUUUACAGGAAAGUGUCAAGGAGAAGAGAUGAGAAGUACAAGUGUGAGAGUUUUGUUUUUGACAAGAAUCACCCACAAAUGACUGAUGGAGGGCAUGGCAGAAGGCCAAUGAGGAUGGUAUCAUUAGGACUGCCACCUUACAAUGUGUUCACACUGGAGGAAAUGGAGGAUGCAACCAGCCAGUUUGAUCCAUCAAAUCUAGUUGGAGAAGGAUCACAGGGUCAGCUGUAUAGAGGAAAGCUUAGAGAUGGGAGUGUGGUCCUAGUGAACUGCCAGAAGUUAAAGCAGAAGUAUUCCAAUCAAAUUCUGCAGCAACACAUGGAGACAAUAUCAAAGCUGAGGCAUAGGCAUUUGAUGAGUGUUCUUGGACACUGCAUUGUUACAUAUCAAGACAACAACACACCUACCACUGUAUUUAUUGUGCUUGAAAAUAUCGCCACUGGAUCACUCAAGGACCACCUCACUGAUUGGAGAAAAAGGGAUGUUCUGAAAUGGCCUCAGAGAAUGGGGAUGGCAAUGGGGAUUGCAAAGGGAAUCCAGUAUUUGCAUACAGGAGGGGUUACUGGGAACACCUUAAAACUUGAGAAUGUGUUGUUAGAUGAGACACUCACUCCUAGAAUUACAAACUAUAACAUAUCUCUGCCAUCCAAGAUUGUUUCUGAUAGUUCUCUCCAUGCACAAGAUCAUCAUAUCAGUGCAAAGAGUGGAGAACAAGAUGAUAUUUAUCAGCUAGGAGUCAUUUUGAUUGAAAUAGUAAUUGGUAGACAAAUCACUUCUCAAGCAGAAGCAGAAGACCUUAAACUCCAGAUAGAGACUUGCUUAGCAGAGUCACCGGGAAAGCUACGUGACCUAACAGAUCCUUGUAUCCGAGCAACAUUUGCGUAUGAAUCACUUAAAACAACUGUCCAGAUCGCGCUAAACUGCCUUUGCGUAGAGCCAAGCAUGCGCCCCUCGAUCGAGGAUGUUCUGUGGCACCUGCAAUACUCAAUUCAGGUUCAAGAAGGAUGGGGUACCAGUGGAAACCUCAGUGGGAAGCUGAGUGGAAACCUUAGUGGGAAACUCAGUGGAAACCUUAAGCUUAGUGGGAAUGUUGGUACUAAGCUUUAGUAUUUUUCAAACAUUGUAUUCUGCUAAGUGUUCUGACUGUGCAUGGGUUCUUUGUAUCAAAGUUCAGUAGCUAGCUGAAUAAGUGUGUUGAAAUGCAGCCCCACAAAAUGAUAUGCUUCAGACUCAAAAUGAUUUGUGUUUAUUGUUUAAGUUGAUAGGAUGUACUGUAAUAAAUAGUUGUAUGAAUUUAUUUUGAUGA